AUGAGGAAUCAGGACGAGGGUCACCGAAUGAUGGACGAGGGUCACCGAAUGAUGGAUCCCCCAAAGGAAGCAGGGAUACAUGUUCCCAUGGAGACCGAUCCCUUCCUACAACGUAACGAUGAUCACUCGUGUGAAAAGAAGAGAGAAAAGUAUAGGUACAACUCGGACUGCAUAAAAGGAUGGAUCCCUCUCACCAUUAUUGUAUCUAUUGCAAUGGCAGCCGUCAUGUUCGGAAUCAUCAACAUUUUAAAAACGACAUACCAGCAGCACACACUUCAAAGGGACAAAAAUCCUAAUCUUGAGCUUCAGUUUUUAGAGGAACAAGGGAUAAUAGUGACAACAAAGCAGCUAUACACAAGUGAUAAAAAGAUCAACGAAAAACCUAAUGUGAAUCUCACCACAUCUUCUUUAGAAAAUGAUAAUUUAUCUAACAUGAAGACUGCAAAAGAGUCUUUACUGGAAGAUACAAGGACGUUUAAGCUUAACAUGGCUACAAAGGCCAGUUUUCAUCCAAUGACAGUGUCUACAUCAGUGAAAGCUGAUUCAGUUUCAAACACGUAUGGAUAUACGUUAGUUUCUUCCCUCAUAAUAAAAUCAAGAAAGAAUCUAGAAUCUGGAAAACGAGAAUUUGUAGUCAGCAAGUCUCCCCCUUUAUCAGAAAAAGGGAACAAAACAUCGUCAACUCCAAAACAAAGGGCAACAUUGUUCCCUCGAAAAUCAUCAACAUUAACAGCAAAAUCAUCAUUAUUGAUGAAAAAGACAUCAACAUCUCAAUCAACAAGAUUAUCAUCUAUAAAAUCAUCAUCAAAUUCAGUACACUCAUCUAAAAUAUCUUCAGUAGAAAAUAUAUCAUUAACAACAAAAUCGUCAACAACAGAACCGCCAGAAGAAAGCUCAUUAUCAUCAUCAACAUCAAUAAAAUCUUCAAUGACCACAAAAAGAUCACUUACACCAUCAACAGUAACAUUCACAAUACAUCCGACAUCAGUAACUAUAAAAUUACCAAUAUUCUCAACAAAAUGGUCAUCAUCAGGACAAAUAUCAAAAUCUAUUAAAAAACAAUUGAAGAAACUAUCUAAUGCACCAUCGAUAUCAACUUCAACACUAUUAACGAAAAAGAAGUCAACAUCAAUACGAAGCAAAUCAAAAUUAUCAACAAAACCUGCAAUAAAAUCACCUAGUUCAACAAAUAAGUCUUCGAAAAUGACAACAAGAAUUUCAACACCAAAAUCAAAAUUAUCAACAAAACCUGCAAUAAAAUCAUCUAGUUCAACAAAUAAGUCCUCGAAAAUGACAACAAAAAUUUCAACACCAAAAUCGUUGAUUUUAACAAAACUCUCAUUAACAACAAAAAGAUCCUCAGGAAAACCAACAACAAUAUCACUAGUAAGGUCAACAACUACACAAGCAAUCAGGCCUUCAGCAACAGUCGAACCACCAAUAACACUAACAACAAAAAGCACAUCAACAGCCAAAUUUUCAAGAAAACCAACAACACUUACAUCAACUAGUAAAUUAUCAACUCCAACAAUAUAUACGUCAACAACGUUGAAAUCAUCAUCAACAUCAACAACGCAUACAGUAACAAAAUCAUCAAAUAAAAUAACAACAGAUGAACCAAAAACACCCAAAUCAUCAGUAGCACUAACAACACGUACACCACCACCAACAACAAACAAAUCCACUUUAACAACGCAGGGAUCAAUAACAUCCAAAUCACCAAUAACACAAUCGACAUAUUAUUCAGAAACACCAACAACAAGGAGAUUCUAUGAUUCAUUGUCAGUUCACAACAUUGGGAAAACGUCCAGAAAAACAACAAAAUUAAAAGGAAUUUCUAAGGUAAAAUCGACUACAUCUCCACAGUCUAGAAUCUCCUCAUCGUCAUCGCCUCAAACUAUAAAAUCCACCAAUUCUGUAUCACAGUCAUCGUUACUGAAAACUCAGGGAACAUUAAAUAAUCCUCAGCUAUCCAAAGAAUACACAGUGACGCAAAACGCACUAUCAACAAGAACAAGUUCAGAAGUAACACAGACUUCUUCUGGUUCAUCAAAAACGUUUGUAAAAUCACAACCUCACACGAUACAGACAACAGAAUCGGGUUCAGGGUCAUCCUCUUCAACUCCUUCACAUAUCUCAAUUUUAACACAAACUCGGGAAAAUGAGAAACAAUCAAUCAGAUCCCAAGGAAUGGCUGAUACUACAAUACUGGGAAAUGAAAUACCUCCAAUGUCAACCACUUAUGAUCUUUAUACCAUCACGUCAACUCCAAGGCUGCCCUCUACAUAUCGUUCUAGUCCACUUUAUACACUUUAUUCAAAGUCACGUAAGUUUUCAUCAGAUCAUUCUAUUAUACCGGUGACAACAAUUGAGAUCAAAAGAAAUGAAGAUUCUGAAUCAGAAUCAACUUACAAAGUAAUUCCAGCGAACAGACAGACACCACAACCUACAGACGGUUCUAAUGUUCAGGACCCAUUAGCAAGAAAGAAAACAACGUCAAAAAGAGUGUUAGAUUCAACAAGUACGAGAAAAGAAACAUCGACAAACUCUAGUACAAGCACUAGAAAAAAUCAACUCACAACAACAGAACCCAUUAUCGCACAGCAAGAAAAAACCAAAUCGCCAAUGAAAAAUUCAAAUGACAACAGAAAUCAAUGGAAGGUUCCCUUAAAAUGUCCUCGAACAGAUCUAAAUCCUGAAAAGAUGGAGUUCUACAAGAUUGGAGUAGAAGCGACCAGUGGGCUGGCGGAACUUGAUGAGGACACGAGGGGAUGGUCGGUAGAGGAAGAAGACACCUCAGAAAAUAUUACAAUCCACUCCAAAUACAUUUACAAAUGGGGCCUCAAAAUCUAUCGCAGAUGUUGA